CACAACGAUCCUAGAAUACUCUCUUCAAGUCACCUUGGAAUGAGCAGCUGUCAGAGAUCCAAAGGUACCAGGACAAUCAGUUCUCAAAAAAGAAUCAACCAGCUACAUGGCAUGGCACACACCUGGAACGCCUGCACUCGGGAGGCAGAAGCAGGAGGACCAGAGGUUCAGAGGCUGUACAGAGGUUCUCUGCUGUACAGUGAGCUUAGGGCCAGUCUGAUCAAUUUGGAAUCCUAUUUAAAACCAAGCCAACGAGGGCCUGUGAGACAGCUCAUCAGGUAAGGGUGCUUGCAGACAAGCAUGGGUUUGAUUCCUGGGCCCCACAGGGUAGGAGAGAAGGUGCAGGAUGCCCACAUGUGAAGACACAUGUGCUGUGGCACCCCUCACCACGCGAAUACCUGAACACACAAAUAAAUCAACCAAUGUUAUUGAAACAAACAAAAGAAUAAAGCAAUGUGGGUGCAGAGUGAAAACAAUUUGGGCUGCAUUCCAAGACCUGUCUCAAAAACAAAAACAAACAAACAAAACCCUCCACAAAGACACAAAAUACAUUUUUAAAAGAGAAUCAACCAGGCCAAAAAGGGUUAAGAGGAUGCUGGCCAUACCCACUUCUUUUCUCUUUUCUGUUUUUGUUUUUCUCCAGACAGGGUUACUCUGUGUAGCUCUGGGUGUCCUGGAGUUUGCUCUGUAGACCAGGCUAGUCUCGAAUUCAGGGCUCUACCUGCUUUUGCUUCUGCCUCCCUAGUGCUGGGAUUAAAGAAGGACUAUCACAGCCAAUGUCUGAGCCCUAGUUUUGUUUCCCUUGCAAGAUACCUUAUACCUUUUCUUGCCUAGUUUUUCUGACUCCUGUUUACUUCUCUGGCAUUUCUAAGCCCCAGCCCAGAACCUGGGACACCCUGAUUUCUACUAGAAUGAGGCAGAAUGUUUUAAUGCCUAAGAGAAGAGGCUUCAAAUAUUAAAAGUCCCAGCUGUACUAUGUGAGUGGGUGAGUUACUUGGACUCAGAGAAAAGUAGUCUCAGAGCCCAGCCCAGACUGUAGCAUCGACACCAUCAACCCGCAGAAGCGCGUUACACUAUGUACAGUGCUCUGAUGGUUGAAGUGCCAGGCACGGUGGCGCGGGAGAUGUCCUGAGUGCUCGGGGAUCAGAAAGCAAGGACUAGAGAUCAAGAGAGGAAACUACACAAAAACCUUAAAAGUGAGGGAAGGGGUGACCAGCGGUGGUGGCACACGCCUUUAAUCUCAGCACUUGGAAGGCAGAGGCAGGCAGAUGGGGUGUUCAAUGCCUCAAAAGCAUGAAGACUGAAACUUGAAUCCCCAGAUCCCAUGUGUAAACACAAGUGGGUAUGGUGGCCCAGGUUACUCCAGUGUUUGAAAGGCCAGGACACAGGAUUUCUGGAGCAAGCUGCCUGUCUGUAUUGAGACCCUGCAAGUGAGCUCCGGGCUCAGUUAGGAGACCCUGUCUCAAUGAGCACAGAGGAGGGCAAUGAAGGAAUAUUCCAGAGGUCAACCUCAGGCCUCCACAAACCUCAGGUCUCCGCACAUGCAUUCACACAAGCACACAUGCACACAUACACACAGGAGAAAAAAGUAUUAAAGUACUAAGAAAAAGGGUUCUGGAAACUCUGACUUUUAUCAAGACACAGAAAGAGAUCAAGGGAAUCGAGAAACCCUACCCUCCAAUAUAUACUAUUUAUAAGGAACUCAUUUUAAAAGGGGGCACUGGAGCAAUGGCUCGGUGAUUGCAACCGUUGGCUGCUCUUGCAGAGGACCUAGCACCCACCUAGCUCCAGAUGGGGGCUCACAACCAUCUAUAACUCCAGUUCCCGGCAAUCCGAUGCCCUCUUCUGGCCUCCAAGGACACUGACUGUACAUGGUGCACAGACAGACAUGCAGACAAAAUACCUACACAUGCAAAAUAAAUAUGUAAAUAAACUUUAAAACAAAUAAGAAAACAAAAACACAGACACAAAUAUAUUCACAAUUAAAGACGGGUGGGAUGGCACAUGCCAAUACUCCCGGUACUCAGGAGGUAGAAACAGGAGGGAAAAGAUCCAGAACUCAAGAUCAGCUUAGGCAGGGGGAAAAAAAGUAACAGGGUAAAGAAAAAUAGACCAUACCAACCAAUACUGAUCCAAAGAGGGACGAAGUAAUCAUACUGAUCUUAGAUUACAAGGACCUUAAAGAAAGGAAAAUGAUCAGGGGUUGAGUGUGGCAUUAAGUAGUAAGGGGGUCAAUUCUCCCAGAAGACUUCUGCUGUUGGCACUGAAGUCCCAGGGAAAAGCUUUGCCUAUGUUAAAGACUCUAUUAGGCUGAUUAACUGAUGAGAAUUUCGGGGUUUGGGAAGAAUUUGGAAUUUGCAGAUAAAGAGCCAACUUAGCAUGAUUAGCCCUAUUAAUAACCAUUUAUAGCCCCCUCUGUGUCUGGCCUGGCACCCUGGUGACUAUUAGGUGACAUCCUUGUGGAAUAUACAGUUUCCACCAACCCAGAGGCAAGAACAUUCCAUAGCGACUAUGACUCAAGCAGAGGCUUCUUUGCUGGUCACCGCCUCCGGGAUGGUCACCGAUGUAUUUAAGAGUGCCUUGAUUUGUGAUUUCCUUUCGUUCCGUUACUGGAACAAUUUCAACUGUUGCCAUGUUGAAAGCCAGUACUGGGGCAACUGAAUCCGUGUGCUCAGGCCGCAGCCACCCAUAGGUGGUUCCAGAUUAAACCAUCUCUCUUGCUCCUUUCGAAAUGAGAGGUGUGUCCUUGUAUCAACACCUAAGGAGAAAGGCUCAGACUGUUGAAAGCAAAAGUUACAGAAGGGCAAGGAGACCUAGAUAAAUCGACUAUCAUGGUUGAAGACUUCAACUCCCCUCUACUAAAUGAUCUCAGAGGCAGGGUCAUCAAGAGCAUAAUUGAACCGAACAGUAAUCAAUCGAUUGGACCUAAAUGACAUGUAAAAAUUUCUCUAUCCAUAUGACAACAUACACAUUUGACUCAAACUCAGGAAGAACAUGCAUCAAGACGAUAUAAACGCACCUGACCAUCAAAAAGAAAAGGGGUCGUGGGUGACUGCUUUGCAGCACAGAGGACUGAAUGGGGAAUUAACAGCAGCAAGAUUCCUGGAAGUUUUCAGAAUAUUUGACAAUUAAAUAGAAUGUCUCUAAAUAAUAUGCAGGUUAAAGAAUAAGCCUCAAGACAAGUAAUUUGAGCUGGCAUGUUGUGGGAUUGUAUGCCUAUAUACUCAGGAGACUGAGUUUACAGAAUCAAGGGCUCAAGGCCAGCCUGGGCUAUGAUGCUACCAUGUCUCAAACAAUAAGACAAACAUAACCAGGAAACUAUUUCAGUUACGGAAAUUCUAUCAGAAAGUUAUAAGAAGACUAAAAAGUGACUUUAAGGGGCUGGGGAUUUAGCUCAGUGGUAGAGCGCUUGCCUAGGAAGCGCAAGGCCCUGGGUUCGGUCCCCAGCUCCGGAAAAAAAGAAAAAAGAAAAAAAAAAAGUGACUUUAAAAAAAAAUCAAAAACUGAAGCCAGGUGUGGUGCCACACGCCUUUAGUCCCAUCAUUCAGGAAGUAGAGGCAGACGGAUCUCUGUGAGUUCAAGGCCUGCCUGGUCUACUUAGUGAGUUUCAGGGAUACAUUUGAGAUCCUGUCUCAAAAAAAAAAAAAAAAAAAAAAAGAGGAGGAGCAGGAGGAAGAAGAGAAGGAGGAGCAGGAGGAGCAGGAGAAGGGGGAGGAGGGGAGGAUGAGGACCAGGAGGAGGAGCAGGAGGAGGAGGAGAAGGGGGAGGAGGAGGAGCAGGAGGAGAAGGAGCAGGAGGAGGAGAAGGGGGAGGAGGGGAGGAUGAGGACCAGGAGGAGAAGGAGCAGGAGGAAGAAGAGAAGGAGGAGCAGGAGGAGCAGGAGAAGGGGGAGGAGGGGAGGAUGAGGACCAGGAGGAGAAGGAGCAGGAGGAGGAGGAGAAGGGGGAGGAGGAGGAGCAGGAGGAGAAGGAGCAGGAGGAGGAGAAGGGGGAGGAGGAGGAGCAGGAGGAGAAGGAGCAGGAGGAGGAGAAGGGGGAGGAGGGGAGGAUGAGGAGAAGGAGCAGGAGGAGGAGAAGGGGGAGGAGGGGAGGAUGAGGACCAGGAGGAGAAGGAGCAGGAGGAGGAGGAGAAGGGGGAGGAGGGGAGGAUGAGGACCAGGAGGAGAAGGAGCAGGAGGAGGAGGAGAAGGGGGAGGAGGAGGAGCAGGAGGAGAAGGAGCAGGAGGAGGAGAAGGGGGAGGAGGAGGAGCAGGAGGAGGAGCAGCAGGAGGAGCAGGAGAAGGGGGAGGAGGAGGAGCUGGAGGAGAAGGAGGAGGAGGAGCAGCAGGAGCAGCAGGAGGAGCAGGAGCAGCAGGAAUGACAAAGGAAGAAUCUGGGCUGAGGAGAUGGCUCAGCAGUUAGCAUGCUUUAGUCUUACACCCACAAGGCAGCUCACGACUGUUCAUAACUCCAGUCCCAGUGCAUCUGGUGCCCUCUUCUGGCCGCCUCGGGGAUCAGGCAAAGAUGUGCUACACAGAUAAACAAGCACAUAACACACACACACACACACACACACACACACACAUUUUAAAAAAGAUCUUCAGUUUAAGCCAUCAAAUAGUCACUAUAAAAUCUAGGACUUUUUAACAAUGUCAGAGUUCAACUGAUUCAAAAUUUCAAAACUUGGAUGGAUUUUUCUUUAGCUUUAGAGAUUUAAGAUAAUACCUAAUUAAUGCUGUUCUGGGCUUUGUCCUGCUCCCAAAUUCAUAAGGAAAUGCUUUUAAUUGAAGGCUUCUCUACCAUGAGCCCAGGAACUUGAAGCAAUAUAGAAUCAACCCGUUUCUAAAAUUAAAAAUACUUGUUUUUUAAUGCAGAGCACAGCUGUGGAUCCCCAUCCUACCUGAUACAUCUACAGUGUAGCUCCCAUACCCAAGGCCAGAGCUGGGGAGAGGGGGUGUGUCUUAGUUAGGAUUACUGUUGCUAGGAUGAAAGAUCAUGGCCAAAAGCAAGGUGGGAGGAACUUUUUCUUUUCUUUCUUCCUUUUUUUUAUUUUAUUUUAUUUUUUUAUUUUGGCUUACACUUCCACAUCAUAGCCCAUCAUUGAAGAAAGUCAGGACAGGAACUCAAACAGGGCAGGAACCUGGAGGCAGGAGCUGGUGCAGAGGCCAUGGAGGGGUGCUGCUUACUGGCUUGUUCAUCACAGCUUACUCAACCUGUUUUCUUACAAAACCCAGCCACCAGCCCAGGGAUGGCACCACCCAGGAUGGACGGGGCCCUCCCACAUCAAUCACCAAUUAAGAAAAUGCCCUACAGCUGGGUCUUAGGGAGGCAUUUUCUCCACUGAAGUUCCCUCCUUUCAGAUGACUCUAGCCUGUGUUAAGUUGACAUGAUGCUGGCCAGCACGGGGUUGGAAGAUUGAAGAAGGUAAGAGCCAUUGGACCAGGGCAUUUGCUAGAAGAUGGUGUCUUCUACACCUGACAGGUUCCCUGCACUGUGAAAUCUUGACAAUAUGGCUGUCUAAACAAGGCCAGUGAUGACAACACCAAUUGUUACCAGGUUAUUCAAUCCAAGUGCUCACCCCGAAACACACAUGCUCUGGUUUGUUUCCUAUUGCUGUGAUGAACGCCUUGACCAGCAGCAACUAGGGGAAGAAAUGGUUUAUUUCAUCUCAGGACUCUAAGGUCACAGUGCACCACUGAGGGAAGUUAGGGCAGGAACUCAAGCAGGAACCUGAAGGCAGGGACUAGAACAGAGACUAUGGAGGAAUGAUGUGGACUGGCUUGAUUCGUGGCUUGUUCAUCUUGUUUUCUUUUUUUUUUUUUUUUCUUUUUUCGGAGCUGGGGACCGAACCCAGGGCCUUGCGGUUGCUAGGCAAGCGCUCUACCACUGAGCUAAAUCCCCAACCCCAUCUUGUUUUCUUAUAUAACCCAGGACCACCUGAUAUGUCCCCACUCCCACGUCUCUCAUUAUUCAGACUUGAGUGCAGGCCUAUCUUACGAAGGCAUUUUCUUAAUGGAGGCUUCCUCUUUCCAGAUAACCCUAUGUGUCGUUGAUAAAAAAAAAACUAACCGGCACAACAUAUCCCUAAACACAUAUGCAACACUGAAUGGACUCAGCACAUUGCAUUUAUAUAGAUCUAUCUAUCUAUCUAUCUAUCUAUCUAUCUAUCUAUCUAUCUAUCUAUCUACAUACAGGUGCAUGCAUGUGCAAGUGCGUGUGCAAGUGUGUGUGUAAAACAAGAAGAGAUCAUGAUGUUGAAAUGGAGAGGGGUGGACACAGGAGCAGUUGGAAGAGGGAGACUAUGGGGUGAAAUUAUGUAAAUAUGUGCUCAUGAAAUUUUCAAAAAUGGUAAAAAUGAUAAUAAUUAAAAUCGCCAUUAAAUUUGUAUUCCUAAAAGAAAGCUUUUUUUUUUCUUUGCUCAGUAUAUACUUGUAAAUGCUCUGAGUACUUACCAUCGUGUGGUGCUGUUGAAAACAACCAAAGUCAAAACAGAUUUAAUGAUCUUGUGUUCUUGCUUGCUGGUUGAAUCUGAAAGAACUUUAUAAAGAUUUAUUGUAUUGUUAGCUCUAAUAUUUCUGUAACAUAUGAGGUGAUUGGUAUUUUUUAUUUUUCCCUUCUUCAUUUUUUUUUUUUAUCUUUACCUAAUAUGUGUUGGUGUGAGGAUAUCAGAUCCCCUAGAACUGGAGUUACAGACAGUUCUAUGCUGUCAUGUAGGUGUUGGGAACUGAACUCAGGACCUCUGGAAGAGCAGUCAGUGCUCUUAACCACUGAGCCAUCUCUCCAGCCCCUGUAAUAGGACUUAAUGCCUUCUUCUGGUGUGUCUGAAGACAGUGACAGUGUACUCAUAUACAUAAAAUAACAUGCAGUUUUAUUUAUUUUCUCAGAUAUUGUAAUCAUUUGUCCAUAACACGUGACAAACUUCAAGUUCCAAAGAAAGCAAAAUCUUGUUUGUGUCAGGAAGAGUAGUGUUAAAACAGAGGUUUCACAAGCAAAUCCUGAUACACAGAAAGUGCUGACAAGAUGGCACUUGCUUGCCUACCAGCUUGACCAACUGAGUUCUAUUUCCAGGACUCACAUAGUAGAAAGAGAUCCAACUCCCAUUUGUUACAUAUAAUUACUUUUCUGUAUGCCUUUGUCUGUUUAUAAGGAAGUCAGAAGAAACUAAAAUCCCCCUGGGGCUGGAGUUAAAUGUAGUUGUGAACUGCCUUGUCUGGGUGCGGGGAAUGGAACGCUGGCCAUCAUGACCACUGAGCCAUCGCUCUGGCUCUCUUUUCAUUUUGUUUAUUGAGACAAGAUCUCACAAUGUAGACCAGACUGGCUUCAAACUCCUGGAGAUCUGCAUGUCUCUUGACUAAAGAGAUCUAGGAUUAAAGGCAAAGCCACACUUUAGAUUUCCCGUCUCAAGUCUGCUCUUCUAUUGCGCAAGGAAAAUCCGAGCCAGCACCACCUUUCUAGGCUGUAUUGUGUAAUGCAGACGGACGAUGGGAGUUGUUACUCCCACCUAAUCCACAAACCGUGAGAGGCGAGGGAGUGGGCGUGUUGGACGAUACUGAGCAAAGAUGAAGGGGAUAAAGGAAAUAUGCACAGCCUGGAUUUUAACCCAGUUCUGCAGUGGACGAAUGGAGCAGUGAGGAAUGCACGCAGGUUGAGCCGGUUCCUCGCCUAUCGAUUUUUCCCACGAGACGAGUGCUGGGCGCACUGCGGCCUUUGCGCAGCAUCCUCGGCGUACACGAGGAGGGUGGGCCAGUGAUGCGGCCGACGGCUUCCGAAUCGUGGCUUCUGGCUCCUCUAUCGUAACCAUCCAAAUCACUGAUGAAAAGGGCUCCAUUGUC